AUGGCUCACUCCAUCGACCGUAUCAACGUGGUCGAGCCAUAUCUCGGUCCACCUCUGCCACCACCUUCUUCACUUCAAUUCACAAGCAUAACAGAGAUGCUACCCUCACAAAUUCUACCACAACCAUCACCGCAGGUCAACAUGACCUAUGCUAACCUCACCACUGACUCGACCGCCGCUCUACAAUCUGACCUCACUCAGCCACCGCCGUCCAAACGCGCCAGACUGGACGAGGAUGAUGUGGAUGCUGUUGUUCACGAUGAAUCUCUCAAUCCUCCUCUACAUAACACUCCUGGAAACCCCAAACGUCCAGAGACUUUCUUCGACUCUCAAGCCGAAAGAAGACUUGCUGGCUACCUUGGUUUCAUUUCAAUCUCUGAACUUCACAUCUGCGCAAUCGCAUGGCCCCUCCUGCGCGCCACGGUCGCCAUUGGUCCUAUCAUUCACAAACUGAACAAAGAACUGGCCCUCACCCUGAUACGCGAUGCUGAGCGCAAUGGAGAGGCAGCAGUCAUCGACAAAGACUGGUCACUGCUCACUUCUGAUGGCAAGGGUCUCUCAAAUGCCAGAAAGGCAGAACACCUUGCCAUUGUAUUAAUCAAUUUGAGAUCUGAUCUGAUCACCAUGACCGCCGCUUCAGAUAAGCAAAAUCAGCUACAGCACCAACAUGACUGCCAGAAGUUCAAUUUGACAUACCCCACACAUCAAUGCCCUCAAAUCAGCUAUCCAGUCAGACCUCCAAUCCUGUCACCCUUGCAUGGAGAGGACUCUCUUGAAUCCUACAACAGAUGCUUUCUGCUCCUUCGCCACGUGCGAAACAUCAUGAAGUCAAAUGUCUUUGACACUAGAUACAAGAACGACAACUUCAAGACUGGUCAACCUGUCAACGAUGAACAUAGACCACCAUGGAUGCGCGCGACUUUUCCACCCGUAGCCAGCACUACGUCGAAGCCAGCAACCCAUGCCAUUACCUCUCAUGGCCUGAAUCCCUCUAGUCCCAAGCAAUCCACGGCCCAACUCAGCUACUCCACCAUACAUAACAUCGAAUUAACACCAUGUCAUGCUCCUAUCACUCUACCGGCCGACGCCACCAGCUCAGAGAAGCCGGUUGCCAACAUCGUGCCAGUUCCAAGAUCUUUUGCCGUCAUCUGGGAUCAUGAUCUAGAGUCCGAAUGCAUAAAAUCCGGACUCAGGCGCGCCUUGAAUCGAGCUCAGGCCAGAGGCGUCGACCCUCCUUCGGAGUUGCAAAAGCUAAGAAAAGAUCCAAGGCAGAUGAUUGAGGAGCCAUUGUUGUACGAACAGAUUCGAAUCCAGUUUAGAUGUCAAUUUCUCGGCAUCGACCUGAGUAAACUACUGCUGCAAUACACAACGUCGGCAUUUGGGGACUCCAUGACAGUAAAGCAGAACCUUCAAGAUGAGCCUUGGAGUGACACUCAAGCCGCUCUCACGGAUCCAGCUAAUGGCAAUUUCGUCUUUCGUGUUGGUUUCUUUGCUGUGGAAGAGUAA